AUGCAGGAGAGCUGCUGCUGGGGGGCGCUGAUCUCGCAAGCGAGGUGCCGGCGCUCGAACUUGACGCUGCCAGAUAUCACCCCCUUCCUUGCCCAGUUCUGCACGGGCUGCCAGACGCAUGGCUUCUGCGUGCCAGUCGAGCGGAUCUUGGUGCCUCCAGCAGACGCAGUGCUCCUCCUCAGCAACAGCAGCUCGAAUGGGCCGUGGAGCGCAGCACAGCGAGGCGUGCCGCGCUUUCGGAUCGCCAACGACGCCGCAAACUGCGUAGGUCCGGCCGUCGUGAUCUUUGAGAGCCCUGUGCCACAGGCCGCCGCUACUACCGCCGCCAAUGCGAACGCGGCUGCGAGAGAGGGGAGUUCGCAAGGCGCUCGUCUCGACGCGGCGCUCAUGGGCGGUGGCGGGGCGGUAGCGCCUGGUGCGGCUCCGACGGCGAUGCCGCCUCGUGCGUGGUGGGAGCCGCUGCCGGGGACGUGGCUGUUCCAACCGUCCUCGGGUUUGCCUUGCGUUCGCUUUGUUCCGAUGCACGAGACGCUCGUCCUCUCGCCGACGAUCAGCGAGGAGUUCCACCGGUUCCACAGCCGGCCGUUGCGCUUUGGAGCCAACGACGGCCGCGCCUGCUGGAGCUCGUGA